ACUAUACCAGAAUGUAUGACUAAGUUAUCCGAUGAACUGCAUGAUAGCCUUCACUCGAAGUUUGGGAUUACAUGCACAGCUACAGAGGAUGAUGUAGAUAUUUUUGUGUCUGGGUAUGCAUUUCGUCUCAAGAUUUUGCACGAGAGAGGUUUAAGCUUGGUGAAAAAACUUGGUGGCCAGACGAAGCAUGUACUAUCCGCCGAUAAAAAACUUUUUCUUCGAAGUCAACAUUCUAGCAUGAUUGAUGGAUUACGAGGCCGUUAUCCAAUUUAUGGGCCUAUUGUCAGGCUUGCGAAACGGUGGGUGUCUGCACAUCUAUUUUCGAACUCAUUACCUGAAGAGGCUAUUGAGCUUUUGGUUGCACACUUGUUUUUGAAGCCUUUACCAUUCAGACCCCCAUGCUCCAGGAUAACUGGAUUUCUGAGAUUCCUACGUUUGUUGUCAGAGUACGAUUGGAGUUUUUCUCCUUUAAUUGUGGACAUCAAUGGCGAUUUAACUCCUGAUGAUGGCAAAGAAAUCAAUGAAUCUUUCAUUUCAAACAGAAAACAAUACGAAGGGAAUAUGCAUAAUGCUAAGCCUGCUAUGUUUCUGGCUACUAGUUACGACAAGGAAUCUGAAGCUUGGACCAUGCAAUCGCCUACAGUGGCAGAGCUUAAGAGAUUGGCCGCUUAUGCAACCAGCAGUGCAAAUUCUUUGACCAACGUUGUUAUGAAGAAUCAACUCGAUGCAUAUGGAUGGGAACGCCUUUUCUGCACACCUCUGAACAACUACAAUGCCGUAGUUCUUCUGCACAGGGAUAAACUCCCCUAUCCAAACCGUCUUAUGUUCCCAUCCGAAGUAAAACUAGGCAAGCAAGUGAUACGAGGGAAUGCUGGCAAAGCCUUCCAACCCUUCCUACUGCCGGAAGAGAUGAAAAAGAACUUGGGCGAGCUGAAGAACAAGCUGAUGGUGGGCUUCGAUCCACAAAAAUAUCUGAUCUCCCAAAUUGAGAGAGAGUUCCCUGGCACGUUUAAGGUUUGGUGUGAUUCUCUUGGAGGCGACGCCAUUGGUCAUGUGGAAAUAAGAAGCGCGAAAGAGAUGACAUUGACGAGGAUAAAGAUCUAUUUGACACACUAAAAGCUGUGGGUGAGUUUGGCAAAGGAUUCGUGAAGAGCGUACAUCUUCUCAAGACCCCAAAAGUAAGCAGUUGAGUCGAUCAUUUAGUCCUAUGAGAGGCGCUGAUGAGUAGUCAGAAAUCGAGAAGCGCCAUUGAAACACCUUCCAUCAAGGACUCACUCGGUUUAUAGUAUAGACAUAGGUUAGAGAUGGGAUUAAUUAUGUGUUUGAAGAACUCAACUCAGCCUGAUGGCAAUUUUGGUUUCAAUGUUUGAUUUAUGACAAUGUAAAUGAUUGUUCAAGAUCUUUGUUUCAAUGCUCAA